AUGUUCACAACGCUCCUAACCUUCCAGGUACUGACGUACCUGUUACCUGGACCCGUAUGCCCUUCCCUGACCGCCGAAAGCCCGCCUGGAACCGCCUACCUGCACGAAACAAGUUCUCCGCCAACCCCACUGCCUCCUACCAAGCCUAAUGGCAUCAGCCGCCUGUUUCCAGCACGAGCCCGGCACACCACCUGGCAACCUUGGAACUCUCCGACGUCAGCAACCACGGGACCACAUCGCGCUCAAUAUAAACAGCAAGGAAUCGCCGACUACAUGGGGCACAACACCGCCAGAACAACGAUGUUCACAACGCUCCUAACCUUCCAGGUACUGAAGUACCUGAUACCUGGACCCGUAUGCCCUUCCCUGACCACCGAAAGCCCGCCUGGAACCGCCUACCUGCACGAAACAAGUUCUCCGCCAACCCCACUGCCUCCUACCAAGCCUAAUGGCAUCAGCCGCCUGUUUCCAGCACGAGCCCGGCACACCACCUGGCAACCUUGGAACUCUCCGACGUCAGCAACCACGGGACCACAUCGCGCUCAAUAUAAACAGCAAGGAAUCGCCGACUACAUGGGGCACAACACCGCCAGAACAACGAUGUUCACAACGCUCCUAACCUUCCAGGUACUGAAGUACCUGUUACCUGGACCCGUAUGCCCUUCCCUGACCGCCGAAAGCCCGCCUGGAACCGCCUACCUGCACGAAACAAGUUCUCCGCCAACCCCACUGCCUCCUACCAAGCCUAAUGGCAUCAGCCGCCUGUUUCCAGCACGAGCCCGGCACACCACCUGGCAACCUUGGAACUCUCCGACGUCAGCAACCACGGGACCACAUCGCGCUCAAUAUAAACAGCAAGGAAUCGCCGACUACAUGGGGCACAACACCGCCAGAAUAACGAUGUUCACAACGCUCCUAACCUUCCAGGUACUGACGUACCUGUUACCUGGACCCGUAUGCCCUUCCCUGACCGCCGAAAGCCCGCCUGGAACCGCCUACCUGCACGAAACAAGUUCUCCGCCAACCCCACUGCCUCCUACCAAGCCUAAUGGCAUCAGCCGCCUGUUUCCAGCACGAGCCCGGCACACCACCUGGCAACCUUGGAACUCUCCGACGUCAGCAACCACGGGACCACAUCGCGCUCAAUAUAAACAGCAAGGAAUCGCCGACUACAUGGGGCACAACACCGCCAGAAUAACGAUGUUCACAACGCUCCUAACCUUCCAGGUACUGACGUACCUGUUACCUGGACCCGUAUGCCCUUCCCUGACCGCCGAAAGCCCGCCUGGAACCGCCUACCUGCACGAAACAAGUUCUCCGCCAACCCCACUGCCUCCUACCAAGCCUAAUGGCAUCAGCCGCCUGUUUCCAGCACGAGCCCGGCACACCACCUGGCAACCUUGGAACUCUCCGACGUCAGCAACCACGGGACCACAUCGCGCUCAAUAUAAACAGCAAGGAAUCGCCGACUACAUGGGGCACAACACCGCCAGAACAACGAUGUUCACAACGCUCCUAACCUUCCAGGUACUGAAGUACCUGAUACCUGGACCCGUAUGCCCUUCCCUGACCACCGAAAGCCCGCCUGGAACCGCCUACCUGCACGAAACAAGUUCUCCGCCAACCCCACUGCCUCCUACCAAGCCUAAUGGCAUCAGCCGCCUGUUUCCAGCACGAGCCCGGCACACCACCUGGCAACCUUGGAACUCUCCGACGUCAGCAACCACGGGACCACAUCGCGCUCAAUAUAAACAGCAAGGAAUCGCCGACUACAUGGGGCACAACACCGCCAGAACAACGAUGUUCACAACGCUCCUAACCUUCCAGGUACUGAAGUACCUGAUACCUGGACCCGUAUGCCCUUCCCUGACCACCGAAAGCCCGCCUGGAACCGCCUACCUGCACGAAACAAGUUCUCCGCCAACCCCACUGCCUCCUACCAAGCCUAAUGGCAUCAGCCGCCUGUUUCCAGCACGAGCCCGGCACACCACCUGGCAACCUUGGAACUCUCCGACGCUGCAGCGACCUCGUCGGCCGGUGUGCCCGACUCCGGUGGCGGCAUCGUCUUGCCUGCCCGAGGAGCAGGGAGAGCUGCUCAAGGCGUUGCUCUACGGUCGCUGGAUCUCAUGGGGCGGAAAGCGGCCGCCGCCCGCCGUUGAAGCCACCAUCCUGUCCACUGUGCCACCAGGUUCCGGCCAAGGGUUGUUGGCCCUUGACGGCUUCCUCGGCUCGCUCGACGGCCCAGAGUUGGUGCUGCAGGUCCGAGCUGAGCAACGCAGGCUUCCAGCGCGCGCGGAGGCUGCCGCUGUUUGA